UCGUCGCAACGCGGAAGAGGAGGAAAAGAGACUCCACGUCACUGAGGUGUAAUAUUUGCGUCAGUGCAACACAAGGUGCUACCUCAAGACGAUUUCAGCACUAUUGUACGAUUCCUGCUUUCCUCGUUUAGGCUAUAAUAACUCGAAUGACCACAAAGCGAAGACACAUUCGUCUGUCUGCGCACUGAGCGGCCUCGGUAGAGACAGUGGGAAUAGGCUGAAGGUAAGUUACGAGUUCCACUCUGCCUCAGCGUCUAAAUGGGUGAAUCAGGCUCAGGCUCACGUCGUUCCACGCUUGUGUCCCGCCUGCCGAUUUUUCGGCGAAGCAACAGUAAGAGGCAGGAGUCUCUGCCCUCCUCUCCGUCUUCAGGGGGAGUGGGAAAUGGCGUCCACAGCUCUUCGCCCUCCAGCACCAACUCCAGCUCUGGCAGUACUGGGAAACGUCGGAGCCUUUUCCGCACUCCAUCUCUCAGUUUCACAGCCAAACGGAAUAGUGAGCCUCGUGUCCAGCCUAUAAACCUGAACCUCACUCCUCCACUGACGCAGGGCACUGACACCAAUGGAAAUAACCAACAGGCGAUAACAACAUCAUUGUCAACAGGUUUUAGUGAUAGUGGAGGACGUCCCCGGUCACGCCACUCAUUUGGUUUCGGGAGCCAUAAGAAGAAAAUCACACGCUCUCAGACUGAGGAUUUUGACAAAGCGUCCUCAUCCUCUUCCACAGCCAAUCGAAAUGUGUUUAUAAACUGCAUCAGUGGCUCAGGGGCUAAUGAGGGUGAUGACUCCGGGUUCCUUGAUGACUACAGUGGUGGCAGCAAUAACAACAAACGGUCCUCACGGCAGAAGAAACAGCUGCUUCCUAAAUCUUUUUCAGCUCACCACCGCUUCUCCCGGACUUCUGAUCACCACAGGCCCCCAGAAGUGAAUCUAGAACCUCCAAGUUCCACCACCAUCACUCCAGGGGCAGGAGGGCUCACCCCGGGGUCGUGGCCAGGUGAGCUGCUUGGUGCCGGUGGUGAGAGCUCACUCCAGUCGCCUAUGAUAUCAGAGGACCGAACCACAGCCAUCACCCCUUCAGAGUUCAUCCCCAUCACAGAGGAUUCUGUGUCUGAGGUGGAUGCUCUGCCAGCUCCCAGCCCCGGAUCUGGUUUAGGCCCAGGAGGUGCCCCUGUGUCUGGUUUGGCAACUGACGCAGCUUCACCUGACCGCCAACCAGCUCCAGAGAACUUCAGUGUGGCUGUCUCUACCUCCCAGGUUUUCUUCACUCCGGCUCAGUCCAGCACUGAAAAACCUUUACUCCCCGACACCAGCACAACCAACAACACAGACUAUGAGACUGCUGUUUCCCUCUCAGAGCCUGAGACAGCUGUACCGUGCCUACCUCUGCAGGAACAAUCACUGCAAGAGAGGAAGGAGAGGGAGGAGGAGAGAACGGAAGCAAGGGAAGAGGUGUCGGCGGAGCAGAGGAAGGAGCUGGUGGAGGAGAGGAAGACAGGUUACCACACAGAGACCACAAGUGAGAGCGAGGCAUGUGUGGUACGCAGCGAGGGUUGUCACUCUAACCCAGAGCAAUCGGAGAGGAGGGCAAGAAACACGCUCUCUGUUCAGGAGAGAGGAAGCUUCUGUGGUUGCCAUGAACCCAGGUCCUCUCACUUCAGGAAACCACAUGCAGCAUCUCUGUGUAGCAGUGUUAGCCCUUAUCAUGAGGUGAUGCGGAUGGAAAGGCGUCUGCGUUCCUCAUCUGAGGGGGCUGGUGGGCCUCGUAUCCAUGGAAACCACAGAGAUACCCCAGGCAUGGAGGGAUGUGGUCUGCUUAAACACAGAAACAACUCCUCAUCAUCAAAAAUGGGAAGUCUGGAUGUUUUAAACAACCUGGGGUCCUCAGAGCUGGAUGAAGAUGAUCUUAUGUUAGACCUGGACCUCUCUGAUGACCAGCGAUUUCGACAUGUGUCAAGAGAAGACUCCAGCCAGUCCCUGGCCUCCUGUCUCAACCUGCUCCCCUCCCCUAUGGAUCCAUCAGGAGAUCGCAUCCCGGGAAAAGAAAACAAUCCAAGGGAGCCCAGCCGUCCAACCAGCCUGCUACCUGCUGCUGACUGGAGCUCGGGGCUGGGUUUGGGGAGGGAAGAUGAGCCUUUACCUCCAGGGCUGGAAACUCUUCCACUCAGACUGAUGCAGCAAGAUUGUACUGCUGUCAAAACCCUGCUUUUAAGGCUGAGGCGGACACUGCAAGAGAGCACGGAGACAAGUCCUGCCAGCAGCCUCCAGUCUCUACCCAUUAGCCCUUGCAGUGAAAAGUCCCUUCCAUUUAAGGAUCCGAACAGAGAGGAAGCCUUGCUGCAACAACUGAAAGAGAAAGAUGAACUGAUUCUCAGACUCCAAAGUGAACUGGAGAGUGCCAAAGCUGCCCUGAAGAUGAAAGACUGCCAAAUGACUGACCGCACAACACAGACAGAACACAUGGGACCAGAGACCAGCCAUCCAGGCCGGUUGGCAGGACUAGGCAGCAGCAGCAGCAGCAGCAGCCUGGCUUCAAGGGACCGAAGGGUAGUGCGGGGUGCGGGGGCAGCACUCGGAGGGGACCUCUCUAGCCAGCACCUCCCCCACUACUAUCCACCUCUACACGGCCGGCCUCCUGCCUCUGAACGACACACUGCCAGGGAGGACCGUCGCUGCCAGGGGGUCUUGGCGCAGUCAACAGUCUAUAACCCUCCUCCAAAUCUGGCUCCGGGCUCCACCAACCAAUCCGCUGCCACUUCUGCAGUGUCAGUCUCACCUACUUCUCCAACCCAGCUUCAAGCUUCAAAUCAAUGCACAGGCUCCGUUUCAGUGGCUGCUAAUCAUUCUCUGUCCUCCAGGCAGCCAGAGGGGGUGUCCUCCUCUUCUGAGUCCUUAACUCAGGGGGGAGGAGGUGGAGUGAGUCUGUCAGGUGGGGCAAGGAGAGGAGCAGGGGAGCACCAUCUCCCCAGCUAUAUUCCUCGUGCAGUCGGGGCCAGCUCCUCCUCAAGCCUCCACAGUCUUGCGAGCAGAGGAAGCCCCUCUCCAAGCAUCUCAUCGUCCGUCCAAGCUUCCCCCCCGCCCCUUACUCCUUCUUCCGCCUCUUCGUCCUCUUCUUCAUCCUCCAUGUUUACGGGUCGUUUGGGACAACCACCUCGAGGCCCUCUGUCUCUGCAUAGCUACAGUCGUAAAAACGUCUUCCUCCAACAUUCCCUGCAUACCUCCGAGCUGAUAGCGCUGACGCAGAGAGACAGUUGAGGGCACGCAAAAAUUAACACCAUCCCAUCCACAGGCAGCCAUAUUGACUUCACCGACAAAAUGGGUGACUUUUUGAAAAACUGCUGCACCUUCAGUACAAGUUGCUCGUGUCCCAAUUCCCCCUGAAGUCAUCAACCACACGUGCUUACAACCACGUGUAAUCCCUCCUUACUGUCUCUUUGCUGACAUUUUGUUCAUGGAUUUGUUCACUUAAACACACACUCAAAUGCGAGGUCUCUCUCUCUCUCUUUCUCUCUCUCUUUCUCUGUCUCUCUCACAUGCACGCACACACACACACACACACACAAACACAUAUCAUAUCACCCUGUGAGUAUGAAAAAGGUACUCACUCGUCUAUCAGAACUCCCACGGUGUGUCAUGCUGACAGUUUAGUUGUGCUUACGCCUACAGACACACAAAGUGCACACAGACUCACAACUUCAUAUCCAUGUACACACACACACACACAUACACAGUCACAUACGUAAAUACGCACUGUAACACGGAGACAUUUGCGAUAUCUCUGCCUCACAAUCUGCACAAUGGAGCAUUAAAACUUAAUACAGACAUGAGGGGAUGUAAAUGUGUGUGCAUUUGUUGACCCUUUUUUUUUUUUUUUUAAUAUUGUUUGAUUAUUUUUACCAGUCGAGACCAUGUGCUGCUUAAAGAACUGAAGGUCUGACUGUAAUUUGCGCCGGUAAGGAUCAUUCUCACAUUGCCAAACAUCACAUCAACUUUUCAUUCCUUGAUGCCCACUGACAGAAAUCCAGAUGAAAAUACCUGUGUAUUUGAACACCCACACAAUGACAAUUUUACUGCAUGCUUUUUAAAGCUGAAGAACAAUACAUUUUGGUGAACAUUUUCUACUGCAACAAAAGCGGGAACUAGAUGACUUUUAAGGUCUUUUAAUGAUAUUUCAGUGUCAACCCUCAAGAAGGGGAUCCAACGUGCCCCUGAGACCUGAGCCUGUUUAUGGAGUGUUUUGAGAGCUGAGUGUCUGUCCUCCCGCUCACAUCAAUAAGGCAUUAGAUGUAGUAUUGGCUCAAUUCUGAACUGCUUUUUUUUUUGUAACAAAAAAACAAAUAUUACCCACAUUAUAUACAGUAAUCAGUGUGUAUUUGCGAUGUUAGAUUAGUACAGUACAGAUGCUGAAGUGAAGAGUUUCAUUCUAGCAUGAGAUAUCUGCUGUUUGAAUAGAAAUCUUGCAGUAUAAUGACAAAAUAACACUGGAGUAACUAGCACUACUAAACCCUUAGACCAACAAAAUCAAAACACGUUAGACAAUGGCACUAAGCAGAAAAAAGAUUUUGAAAUUUGACACAAGCAGCAUUAUGUAUUUUUCCCAAAUGGGGAAAAAAAACAGGUAUCACAUUUUUGAAUGAAACCCUUCAAGUCUCCUUUAGGGCUGGGUAUUGAACAGGGACACUUACUGGUGCUUUGCUAAAUGACAGUGUCAAUAUCCAUUUGUAAGAUUCAAAAGGAAAAAUGUUUCAAAUAAUGAUAUUACAUUACAGUUGGCCGACAGGUAGAGGCAAUCAAUUGAGCAGAGUUUGAUGCUGCUUAGAUGAACAAAAACAUGGUACAAAUAUUGCACAGAAAGUUGUUUACCUGAGCAAAUACUGAAAAUAAAGAAACAGAAAACACCAUUUUCUAAACUGUCCCAUUUGUAAAAGCAUCAGCACCAAUUUUUUUACCGAUACCCAGUCCUUAUGUUAGCCUUCUUUUAUCUUCGUCACCACAGACUUGGUGGUUGACUUUUUAAAAAUACGACCUAACAAAAUGGCAUUUGGUAUAGUAAGGCUAACAGCUAUGUUCUUUUGGACAGUAGGACACCUACCUUUUGAAUGAAAUUUACAUCAACUAUUACUGCCAUGAGUCAAACAUUAUUCACACUUUGGAGACAAAAGGUGUCACAAUUUAAUAAGUGAGAAAACCCACCUUUUCUUUUCUUUCGUUUUGGAACAACGACUGGUCUGCCACUGUUGAAUAUAUUUGUUCUGCUGAAGUGACUUGACAGUCAAGCUUUUUUUUUUUUUUCCCAAAAGGCUUUAGGGUAAACAAAUCUUUUAAUCUCCACCAGGAAGUGGAAGCCUGCUGCUGAGUACAGGCCAGAAGCUCACAGCUCCUGGCGUCUACAGAAAAUGGUAGAUUUUUGCGGAAGUUGUUGACCUUGUCUGUCUCUAAACAGCACCUGGCUGUAGGGAAGUUGUACAGAUUGCGUGUGUGUGAUAGAGAAAGUGAGUGUUUUGUAAUGCACACCUCAUGAGGCAAGGGCCUGGUAGAGGUGACGAAAAGCCUGAAGGAAGACAGCUCUGCUCCCACUGGUGGAAGCUACAACACUCUGCUUCACUUUCACGCUGUUUCCCUCCCUUUUUUUUUUAUCUCCCUUUUAUCCCCAUUUCUUUCUUCACCCUAUUUUCUCCUUUUUCCAUCCAUCCAGUUCUUAUUCCUCUUCAAUCUCUCCACAUUCCCCUCCCUCUACCCCUGCUAGCUUCCCAAUUUGCUGCACGCGAACUCAGUUGCCCCUGAUAUUCCUCUCCUGGUUUUCAAUCGUUUUUUUCAUCCUUCUCCCUCUAUCCCAGCUCUCCCUCCGUCUCUCUUCCCUGCUUAGCUCGCUUACCCACAGCUUAUAUUGUCAUACUGUGUUUCUGUCACAGACUCUGUUGCGGUGGUUCUCAGUCCUGGGCAUUGGGAUCUGCCGCGCUGCUGAUUUUCAUUCCAGCUGUCUAAUCAGGGAAUAAUUUUCCACCUGGUGAAUGCAAUUAACUUCGUGGUAGAGUAGACAGCCAUCAGCGAUGUGGCUCCCGAGGAUCUGGACUGAGAACCGCAGCUGUAAUGUGAACUUAACAUUCCCUGUUUGGUUUGUUUACAGGUGGAGGCUAACAAUGUUUUGUCGCUGGCUGACCUCUUCAGAACUGCUAUUUACAUCCAUCAUCAGUGCAUGCAUCAUAAUGUAGUUGACACCAUGUGAAAUUUCACAAGGGAGUAUUUGGCCCUGUUUGCACUGCCCACACUCGGAUUUUAUUUUUUCACCAUGCGUCAAACGGCUGUGCUUGUUUCAGUCGUGUUCAAAGUGGAAAACCAUAACGGUAGUUUGCUGGUUAUGUCACAUAUCAUGAAAGGGAAAAAGCCACAUCUGAGAUGGCAGUUCAAAUGUGCACUGAGGUUUUUUUUAAAAGACCCUGUCGAAUUACAAGAGUGAACUGAUAUUAAUUUGUACUGCUGGGAAACAAAAGUCUGCCGUCGUAAAGUGGCCACAUUUUACAAACCUCAGUUUCUUCACUGGAGUUAGCAGCAUGUUGUGUAUUUAAGACACUACAUUUCAUUUGUUGGGAAGUUAUUUAUUGUUUUAUGCCUUAUUUAUAUUUAUCGCCACAGAGCCAGUUUCCUAAAAGCAUCUUGGCACUAACAGGUAAAGGUAGUAGUCAUGAUAAUAGUCAUGAUGGAAAUGACAAUAAUAAUAAUCAUGUUAUUGUUCCAAUUUUACUAAAUAACGGAUAUUAUGCUGUCUUAGCUUUUUAAUGUGCUUACUGUAAUUAUGUUUGUUUCUUUAUGAAUUGCUGUAUUGAAGAAAUUGAAUUGUAUAAUUGUAUAUAAAUAAUAACUGUUGAUGUUCACUGUUGGUGAACACGAACGUUUCGUGCUCAUGUAAACAGCACUUAGGGAUUUGUAUGCAUUGUUUGUCGGCACACAACAGUUCAAAACACAAUGAAAAAUUUCGUUUUAUCGACAGACAAUGCACUCGGUGGUCUGAGCUGUUAUCGAAGCUUGCUAUAGUUACACAUUAGAAACCAAAUCUGACAAAAUUCCUAAAUUUACCAUAUAAAGGUCAGCUGACUCUCUUAGAAAUGUAAGGUCGCUGAUUCUCUUUCUUUGAAAUCCGGCCUUUGCACUACGACUACUUCUGCUUCAGGUGUCUUUUUUUUUUUUUUUUUUUUCUUGCCUAACUGUGUUGGAAAAGUGGACCAUGGAUGAUGAUGAUCUACUGAUGCUGGUUUCUUCAGUUCAGGAUGAAGUCUUUGUAUGAAGUCUUAGUAUAUAGAACUACUGGAUACACUCAUACUGUGAGCCUCCGGCCAGUUAACACUUACAUUAAUUGGAGACAAUCCACCUGUAUGGAGGAAAACAGAAACUCUUUCUUCGUAUUGUUGUUUUUCACUGUACUUGGUCCUUGUAAACAGUUUUGACGUUUCUUAUGACCAAAACUGUUUCAUGGGCUUAUCUGUGGUCAACAAAACCUUGCAGUGUGUGUUUAUCCAAAGUAUUUCUCUUACUUAGUUUUUCUUUUUUUUCUGUUACUCUCACAAUUGUUUGUUCACAUGAAAAAUGUUUAAUCAAAAGAUUUUUGUCCACUGUCUAUUCAUUGUUAAUAUUUAAUACAAAUAAAAUUAAUGAAAACAUGU